GGCUGGGCCGGCAGCGGCUUUCCUCCGGGCCCGCUUAGCCCGGCGGCGAUGGGCGACCGGAGCCUCGGAGCUGCGGACAAAGGCGAGGCCAGCUGCCCACAAAAGCGAGGCCAGCUGCCCCCUGAAGAAGUCUCUGUUUCCUGCCCUGAGUUGGGGUGGGGGCGGUGCUGGCUGGAGCCAGGACUCAGGGUCCCGGCAGGACGCACAUUGGAGAAUGCUCCUGUCUCCCCUUUGUGUCUUCACAGACCCAGGGGCUGGCCUGUUCAGCCAAGACUGGUGUGUCUGGGGAGGACCUGGGGACCUGUCCAGGCCUGUCACCUGGGCAAGAGGGACUAUUGCCUGGCCCAGGACUUUUUCUGUCCACCUUUCCAGGGCCCUGUGUGGGGGACAGAAGGAAAGAGUUAAAUCUUCUAGGCACAUGGCUCCUUUAUUUACCAUGAUAAAGGAGGGAGGCCAUUAUCUAGGCCUGGGGUCAUUAGGGGACAUCCUGUGAUGUCACCUAGGAAGGUACUGUAAUCCCAUAGGUUUGCUGAAGCCACUGAAAUGACAAAGUAAAAAAGUAUAAAAGAAACCUGAAGGUUUUAAGCUGCACCCUGCCCUGUCCCCCCAAGAAUCAGGGAGCUCUGGGUCUGGGAGGAAGUCUCCUGCCUCCACUGCGUGAGCUGGUCUCAGUAAGUGCUGUGACCCCCAGAGCUGUCACUCCCCAGUCAGUGGGUGGUCAUGUGCUCUGGACUCUGAGCUGCUGGGUGGGCUUUCCGGAUGAACAGGGCAGGGGGACAGGCCCUUUGGUGUCCCGAGGCCCUCCCUGCCCAGAUGUGGCCGAAAGCCUGGGUGUCCUGAAAGGGGGCAGCUGCUCCUGCUUCCUCACCAGUUCGGGGCUGACACUUCCAGAGAUGACCUCUGCCUUCUUUGGCAUAUUUGAUGUUGGGAGGAGGGGACGCCCUGAACCACCAGAAGUUGGGUUUGCCCAUAUCCUCCUCCCGGUCCCCGGAUAGGAAAGCAGUAUGAGUAAAAGCAAAGGACAAACCCCAGGAGCUGGGUACUUGAGUGGAUGCGUGGCAGGAGAGUUCUUUGCCUUCCUUCUCGAGGUCAGCGUGGCACAGUGAGGACACCCCUGAGCUCUACUAGUCGUGUAUCCUUGUAAAAUGGGGUAAUCAGAACUGCAUCCCUCCCUCCCUGGCUGCCACGGGAUGAGGUGGCUGGCAAGUCCCCUCAGAGGGAGGCAUCCCUUCAAGGUGGCAGGAGCCCCCUUGAUGGGCAGGGACUCCUCCUCAUCCCCAUUUGAGCCAGGGCCUCUCUCUGAUGGGUGGUCCAGGCCCGAGGUCCCCAAGCCCAGCAGGAGGCAGAAACAUAUACCCUUCCAAGUGAGUUAGAAUUCUUAGGUGGGAGGAGUGGCAGGAGUGGUCUGCUGCGGCCAGGCUGACACACUGUUCUCUUCAGCUGUGGGUGUGCAGGUGGGUUCUGAGACCCCCUGAGGUCGCCGGGCCUAGGCUGGCAGCAGGAUUCUCUGUGGCAGUGCUCUGGGCUUUGCUCUAUGAGAGGAAGAGAACCAGCCUGGAGUUCGAGCUAUGUUAUCUUGUGCUCUUGCAAGGCCUGCUGCUGGCCCAGGGCAGGUGCCUGGGUCCCAAGAGCCACCUCCCCCCACUGGACCCUUUUUGUGUCUCCCACAGUGAACAUCGUCCUCAGUGGCCGGCUCAGCAGUGCAGCUCCUGCUUUAGGUGAGGCCAGAGCUUCUCAGCCUCCUCUCCUGACAGCUGCCUGCAGUGGGAAACUGGAGCAGCACACAGAGCGGCGUGGCGUCAUCUAUAGCCCGGCCUGGCCCCUCAACUACCCCCCAGGCACCAACUGCAGCUGGUACAUCCAGGGUGACCGUGGGGAUAUGAUCACCAUCAGCUUCCGCAACUUUGACGUGGAAGAGUCCCACCAGUGCUCCCUGGACUGGCUCAUGCUGGGCCCAGCAGCCCCUCCCCGCCAGGAGGCCUUCCGGCUCUGCGGCUCUGCCAUCCCACCUGCCUUCAUCUCCGCCCGGGACCAUGUCUGGAUCUUUUUCCACUCUGAUGCCUCCAGCUCCGGCCAGGCCCAGGGCUUCCGUCUGUCAUACAUCCGAGGGAAGCUGGGCCAGGCAUCCUGCCAGUCUGACGAGUUCCGCUGUGACAAUGGCAAGUGCCUGCCGGGCCCAUGGCAGUGCAACACUGUGGAUGAGUGUGGCGAUGGCUCCGAUGAAGGCAACUGCUCGGCACCUGCCUCUGAGCCACCGGGGAGCCUGUGCCCUGGGGGCACCUUCCCCUGCAGCGGGGCACGAUCCACACGCUGCCUGCCCGCAGAGCGGCGCUGCGAUGGCAUGCAGGACUGCGGCGAUGGCUCGGAUGAGGCCGGCUGCCCGGACCUGGCAUGUGGCCGGCGGCUGGGCAGCUUCUAUGGCUCCUUCGCGUCCCCAGACCUGUUUGGUGCCGCCCGAGGGCCCUCAGACCUUCAUUGCACGUGGCUGGUAGACACACAGGACCCGCGACGUGUGCUGCUGCAGCUGGAGCUGAGGCUGGGUUAUGACGACUACGUGCAGGUGUACGAGGGCCUGGGCGAGCGUGGGGACCGCCUGCUGCAGACUCUGUCCUACCGCAGCAACCACCGGCCUGUGAGCCUCGAGGCUGCCCAGGGCCGCCUCACCGUGGCCUACCACGCCCGAGCCCGCAGUGCUGGCCACGGCUUCAACGCCACCUAUCAGGUGAAGGGCUACUGCCUCCCGUGGGAGCAGCCGUGUGGAAGCAGCGGCGAGGGUGACAUGAGCGACACGGGUGAGCAGGGCUGCUUCUCGGAGCCACAGCGCUGCGAUGGCUGGUGGCACUGUGCCAGUGGCCGAGAUGAGCAGGGCUGCCCUGCCUGCCCGCCUGACCAGUACCCCUGCGAGGGUGGCAGUGGCCUGUGCUAUGCACCUGCUGACCGCUGCAACAACCAGAAAAGCUGCCCUGAUGGUGCCGACGAGAAGAACUGUUUCUCUUGCCAGCCCGGGACCUUCCACUGUGGCACCAACCUGUGCAUCUUCGAGACGUGGCGCUGCGAUGGCCAGGAGGAUUGCCAGGACGGCAGCGACGAGCACGGCUGCCUGGCGGCCGUGCCCCGGAAGGUCAUCACCGCUGCCCUCAUCGGCAGCCUGGUCUGCGGCCUGCUGCUCGUCAUCGCUCUGGGCUGUGCCUUUAAGCUCUACUCACUGCGCACACAAGAGUACAGGGCCUUCGAGACCCAGAUGACACGCCUAGAGGCUGAGUUUGUGCGGCGGGAGGCACCCCCGUCCUACGGGCAGCUCAUUGCACAGGGCCUCAUUCCACCUGUGGAGGACUUUCCCGUCUACAGUGCAUCCCAGGCCUCAGUGCUACAGAACCUUCGAACAGCCAUGCGGCGACAGAUGCGCCGGCACGCCUCCCGCCGAGGGCCCUCCCGCCGCCGCCUCGGCCGCCUCUGGAACCGGCUCUUUCACCGGCCUCGGGCCCCGCGCGGACAGAUCCCGCUGCUGACUGCCGCACGCACCUCACAGACAGUGCUGGGUGACGGGCGCCUCCAGCCUGCAGCAGCGGCUGCGCUGGACCCCCAGGCACCCCUUACAGACACAGGCAGCCCUGGGGCAGCUGGGGAUGGCUCCCCCAGUGCCCCUGGCCACACACCAGAGGUGGGACCUUCCGUGCCACCCUCCUCGGGCCUGCGGGACGCAGAGUACAGACCCGUGGACAAGGACAGAAAGGCCCGCAGGGACCCUCUGGUGGACAGCCCAGCCCCUGUGGACACGCCUCAGGAGCCCUGCUCGGCCCAGGACCCUCACCCCCCGGCCCCCACUGCCAGCAACACCUUCGGUCCCCACCCACCAGAACCACUGGGUGUCUGCAGGAGCCCCCAGCUCCCCUGCUCCCCAAUGUUGGAGGCCAGUGACGACGAGGCCCUGCUUGUCUGCUGACCCACCAGAUGCGCUGGUGAUUGCCACAGCCCCGCUUUGUAACCAGGGAAUACACGGUCAUUUCUA